CACGGGGCAGUGCUCACCAGAGGAGCCGCCUUGUUGCAUCACUGCCCCUCAGACAGCAAGGAGGUGCCAGCGGUGCCAGGAGCCGUUGCGGCCACACCAUGGGGCAGCCGCUCUGGAGCUGGGUGCUGUGGGGACUCUGGGUGCUGCCAGGGAAAGCGGGAGCGGCGGGCAUGGGGCCCCUUGUCCCAGCGCAGGAGCCAGCUGAGCCAGUUAGCAGAUCCCGCGUGCCUGACAGCAUCAGUGCCGAGCAACGUCUGGAAAUGUCACCCACUGUGCCUGAGCUGGGCAUGUGCCAGCUGUCCCCCGAACAAGUGGAGCAGCCCUCUGUCCUCAGGGAUGGUUCAGGAAUUGCCUUGUGUCUCCUCACAGGCAGUGCAGUGCUGCAGGUGGUGCUGGCAGCACUGGACCCCAUGAGCCCCAGCAAGGAGCAGGAGAUGCCUUCUACUGCAGCAGUCCCUGGGGGGGUGGCAGCGUGGGACAGUUCCCAGGCAGGGCUUGCCUACCCAAAGCAAACCAACUGGCCAACCGGCGUCCCCAUGACUCCUGCCACCACUCAGAUCUCGUCCCCUGUGCAAACAGGGCACACAAUGGCUGUUACCCAUGGGAACAGGAAUGCAGAUCCAGCCACAGCCACACUGUCCCCAGUUCCACGUGCCUCCACAGAGAAGGAGACAGGCACCUCAGUGCCAUUGGGCAGCAGCACCGCUCCUGCGACGUCCGUAGGGGCACCCAGAGCUCUGCAGAGCACAGCUGGGCAGCCCACACCGGGAACAGCCAUUCCUCUGCAAGAGGGGACCAUGGAUGAGAAACACAUGGGUGCCACCAGCAUGCUGACACGUGACAUCCCAAUACCCGGUGGAGGUUUGUCCCCACCUGUGACACGCGUCCCUGCAGCUCAUCUGGUUCUGGGGACAGAAGCACCUUCCUCAGCCACCAGCACGGUGACUGAUGCCAGUGGGUUGGUGCAACCUUCCCGUGCUGUCCCUGCAGAGGGGACACCGGGGACAGCACAGACCACAGUGCUGUCUGAUGUCCAACGCGGCACAGGGACGUCACCCCACUCCCUCUCCUGGAUCCCAGCUGAGGCACACACAGCCGCUGUGCGCCUGUCCCAGGAGGUGACACCAGGGCUGGAUGAGGCCACCUCUCCUCUUGUCACAGCAGCCAGCAUCACUGCGCGGGACGCAGAGCCUGCAUCAACCAUGGCUGAACAUGUCACAUCUCCCACCAUGCCAGCAACCACAAGGGCUCCCCACCCUGCUGAAAUACAGGAAUCUGGGACCACAACCCCUCCAGGCACAGCCUCAGCAGCAGUCAACACUUCUCCUGCCAGUGAUGGUGCCAGUGAGGCCACAGCUCCAGGCUCACCAGCCCCUGGCACAGCUGGAGAUGGGCUGCACAGAGACACUGUUGCCACCCAUCCCCAUGUCACCUAUCAUCUCCAUGCCACCACUGCGCCAGCUCCGGGCACGCCAGCCAUGGCCAUGGAUGUCAACGCUGCACAGCAAGUCUCCACUGCUCCAUUUCCAGCCCAGGGCAGUGCCAUGCCUGUGUUCAUCACUGCUGAAGCUACCACAGGUCCCCCUGUCCAGCAGACCAAGAGCAGCCCAAUGGGAGUGGGCAUGGGAACAGUCCCCAGUGCGGUCCCUGCUGUGUCACUCCCAGAUGGCAGCACUACUGGGCCAGAGGUGGGGUCAGUGAACCUGGAAAUGGGCAGCAGCACACAGGCAUCAGCAGGCUCAACCCCUGCUAAAAACCCCACAGCGGGUGUCCCUGCAGCCGCAGCCACAACCAACAGUGAGAGAGCCUCUGUGGUGUCAGCUCCACCUCCAUCACCUCCCUCCGGUGCCAGCACCACUGCUCGGGCAGGCACAGCCACACCAGACCACAGCCAUAGAGCUGCUCACGUGACAGUGGACUUGGACACGGAGACCUCCUCAGCCACUACCCCCACGGCUGGAGGUGCUGAGCUGGGUUCCAGCAGGGCCACCCCAGUGUCACCAUCUGCAGUGGGCAGCCAACGUCCUUCCGCAGCCCUGGCCCCCAUCUCAGCACUGUCCCCUGUCCUCAGUCACAGCACUUCUGAGCAAGAUGUGAGCGUGUCCCCUUCUGUGUUCGGGAACAGCAGUCUGGAAACGGUGGCAUCCUCUGUCACACCACCUGUGGUGGCACCCAUCACACACAGUGCCAGUGCUACUGAUCCAGCAGUGGGAAGAAGCGAUGCCACUCUCAGUAUGGUCUCAGCACCCUCCUCUGUUGUCCCCAGCAGCACCCUGGCUCCACACAGUCCUCACAUCACCCCAGGGCCACCCACCAAGGCCACCAGCAGUCCCCGUGACCCAGCCUUGAGGACUUUCAGCACACACACAUGGGAAACCACAGCCAUGUCCUGGAAGGACACUGUCCCCUCCAGCAAUGCCUUAACACCAGCUGGCUUGCCCAGCGGGGACACCUCCAUGAUGACCAGGCCCACCACCGUGUCACCUCUUACAGCAAAGGCCACCAGCACCAGCAGUGCCCAGUCCUCCUCUGCCAUGCACAGUGUCCCCGCUGCCCUGAGAGUGACAAACCACAAGGCCACCCCUGCGUUUGCUGCCAUGUCCAGCCCUGCCAAGGGGACGCUAGCAGCCUCCAGCCCCACCAGUGCAGCUCCAAGCUUCGGGGCACAGAGGGGACCAGUCACAGCACCAGGGUCACCAGGUUAUGCCACCUCUCAAAUUCCUGUGUCCAAGCCCAGUGCUGUCCUGGCAGCGUCACUGUACCCAUUUGGCACAGCAGAAGGGGACACAGAGUGCGUCCAGAGGACAGUGGACUUUAACUCCCCGCUGCUGAGGCCGGAGAUCGGGUUCCCCUUGGGGAAGGCGCUGCGGGACACGCUCUACUUUACAGACAAUGGACAAAUCAUUUUCCCAUCCUCAGACAGCCACGUCCCCUCCAGCCCUCACCCCCCUUCCCAGGGCUUCAGUGGCCACGAAGCCUUACCCAUGGUGGCCGCCUUCUGGGACGAUGCAGAUUUCUCUCAUGGCAUUGGCACCACCUGGUACCAGGAGUACCCCACCCUCGGCUCCAUCCGAGAUCCCAUUAUCCGUGAUGUGGAAGCGAAGAUUCAGAAAUACCUGCAGGUACCCUACUCUGCUAAAUGGACCCUGAAGGUGACGUGGGAGAAGGCUCCGGCGUACCCGUCCCAGCUGGACGAUGCUCAGACCAACACGUACCAGGCAGUGCUCUCCACCGACGGGAGCCGCUCCUUCGCCUUGCUGCUGUACCAGGAUGGUGGCAUGCGGUGGGACUACACCAGGCUGGCAGCCAGGAACGCGCUCAUUGGCUUCUCCAGUGGUGAUGGCUAUGCCCAGAACAGCGAGCUGACCCAAGAGCCACCAGCUGUUAGGUACCGUCCAGACCAGCACUGCAGCUCCGGCACUGAUGUGUGCGGGCUGUGGCUGUUCCAGCUGGGCAGCCGCAUCCAGGUGAACUACAGGCUGCAGUGCCUGACGUGGCUGCAGGCACAGCCACCACCAUCCACCUGGAGCACGGAGCUGCCACCCUGCCCCUGCUCAAGGCCCCAGGCAGACCUGGACCCCCGAUACCGCCGGAGCAGAAGUGCUGAGUCCCCUUCUGCACCUGGGGCAGCCGCCGUACCCCAAAGCACUUCAGAUCUCUUUGUAACAGUGCUGCGCACCACAUCCCCCAGCUGGGUGGGAGCUGGGGUGCGGUGUGUGUACCACGGCACAGGGUUGUUGGAAGGAUGGCAGGAGAGAUUCUGGAGCCCACCCACCCACUCUUCAGACAACGGGGAGCUGGAGGCGUUCGAAUGGUGCUGCAAGCUUGUGGGGAAGCCUCAUUUCUGCACCAGGUACAGCGAGAAGAGACCAAGGGCUGGCUGCGAGGGAUAUGUGCCACCCACCCCUGCCAAUGCCUUCGGCGACCCCCAUGUCACCACCCUGGAUGGCCUCACCUUCACCUUCAAUGGCCUCGGGGACUUUGUGCUGCUGCUGGCCAGCACUGCCCGCACCAGCUUUGUGCUGCAAGGGCGCAUGGCCCGCACCGGCACAGCCCAGGCCACCAACUUCAUGGCCUUCGUUGCCCAGUACACAUCCACCACCACCACAACAGUUGAGUGGACCUUGGGGAGCCAUAAUGAGGUCCAAGUUCUGCUGAACUAUGAAACCAUUCAGUUUUCCUACUCCCAAGACAUGGGUGCUGAGGUGUACUACAGCCCCGGUGUUCUACUGGUCAACACUUCCUCCGUCACAGCUAUCUUUGAUGGGACCAUCUCCAUCUCCGUCUCAGCCAGCUCUGGGAUGCUCAGCGCGGUGUGCAGCCUGCCAAAGCAGUACCACAAUGGCACCAGGGGUCUGAUGGGUGUAUGGAACCACAACCCAGCAGAUGACUUCCAGAUGCCAAAUGGAACCAACAUCCCUGUGAACAGCAGCGAGGAAGAUAUCUUCAGCUAUGGGAUGACCUGGGCUGUUGGAGAGAGCAGCCUGUUUGCCCAGCCCCUGGCCACACCAGUAAGGAACUUCAACCCCGUCUUCUUGUCUCAGCUGCGUCAGGAGAACGAAAGCCAGUACCAGCUGGCAGCCUCACAGUGCCACAGCAGCAGGGAGUGCAUCUAUGACAUGCUGAGCACAGGGGAUGUGGCCCUGGGCCUUGCCACCCAGAGCCUGGUGGAGGACUUCCAGAAGAGGAAGGAAGUGCUCAAUGCCUUCCCUCCUGUCAUCACCGGCAACCCAUUGCUCACAGCAUUCAGGGCAGAACAAGUCACCAGGCAGUACCGAGCUGCGGGGCCGGGUGUGCGCUUUGUCCCUCACGUCUCGCCGGAGCUCAACAUAUCGGAGGACGGCAUGCUGACAUGGGAGCCUCGUGGGACAGCACCGCUCAGCGUCACCCUGCAGGCUGUCAGCCCACACCUUCCCCCAGCCCUCCUGCAGCUUAGCUUUACACUGUGCAGCUGCCGCAGCAUCCAGCAGUGUGACUACAACAGUACAACCACCAUCGCCGGCUCCUCCUUGCAGCUGGCAGCCUGCAGGUGUGACGAUGGAUAUUGGGGCCCCUUCUGCCAGCACGCACUGGACCCCUGCUCCCAGGGCUGCUUCCCCGGGGUGGGCUGCGACCCGCAUACCGGCUGCGGUCCCUGCCCGCCCGGGCUGACCGGCGAUGGGCGGCACUGCGCAGAUAUCAAUGAGUGCCUGCAGAAUACGGCGUGCCAGGGUAACCUCAGCUGCACCAACACCGUGGGCAGCUAUGCCUGCUCCUGCCCCAGCAAUGCAGGAGGGGAGGCUCUAGGAUGUGGCACUGCCUGCAUGUCCCACUCCUGCCCAGAGGGCUUCUGCAGCAACGGGGGACGCUGCCGCCUGCACCCCCCCUCCUGUACACCCACCUGCGAGUGUCCCCCGGCAUUUACUGACCAGCACUGUGUGGUGGCAGGAGGGGAUUUUCAGCCCCUGGCCAACGCAGAUCUGCCCCGGAGGAGCAUGCGGCUGCAGGUCAGGGCACUGCGAAGUGCCACAGCCGAGGAAGUCAAUGCCACCGUCUCAGCCAUCCUGGGCUCCCUGGAGGUGAAGGUGUUUUGGAGCAACACCAACAUCACCCGCAUGACAGCCGAUGGCCUCAUCUUUGCUGUGGUGGCUGAGUUCACCUACAACAGCAGCGGCUUUGUGAUCCAGUUCCUGAACAAAGAACUAACAGCGGCCAUCACCACUGCUUUCAGCGGGCAGAGAGUACGGCGGGAGGUGGGUGCACAUCUCCUCUUUGCACGCCUGCACCCGGACAACAUCACCGACCUGGUGAAGCUGUCAGUGCCUGAGCUGCGGCACUACUUCUCCUGCAUGCUGUAUGGCUAUGAGGGUUACCAGCUCGACUACGUGGAGACCAUCGGAUUUCUCUGCAUCUCCCCCUGCAAGAAGGGCUACUGCCAGCAUGGCGGCCACUGCCAGCACCUGCCUGAGGGUCCCACAUGCAGCUGCGUGCCCUUCUCCAUCCUCUCCCCGGGUGGUGCCCGCUGUGAGCAGCUCGCCGUCAGCCUCGCUGCCUUCAUCAGCAUCAUGGUGGGGGCCCUGGCACUGCUCGGCCUCCUGCUCUCCGCUGCCUGCCUGACUGCACAGCUCUGCCGUCGGCACCGGGAGUCCUGGGGGACCAAAGGGACCUUCUGGAGGCAGCGGGCAUUCUCCUCCCUGAUGAAGGCAGAAGAGAGGGCAGAGGCCUCGGGAAGGCUCUGGGAACCACAGCUCCGGGCCAUCGAUCCGUCUGUCCAGAUGCAGAUCAAGAGACCCCACGUCCUGCCUCCAAGCCAAGGCUCUGCGCAGCCGUAGCACGCUCUGAUCCCAGCAGUGGGGGCUCCGGGCACGGGAAGGGGAUGGCACGUACAGGGCUGUGGGACAUGGCUGUGCCGUGGGCUGACAGGUCACCAAAGCAAUGGGACCUUCUGCUGAGGACCUGAAGAAGUGACUGGAGUCAUCCAUAGGAAUGUCUACCACAGGGUGUGCCCCAGCACAGUGCAGCCAGACCCAGCAAUCGUAUCCCAUUGUGAACAAAACAAAAUAAAAAUGAAAUGAGGGCA